GCUCCGUCUGGCGAGUGGCGGCGCCGGCUAGCCCGAGCGGCGCGAAGCGAAAGUCCCGCGUCCGCCACCCCCUCGCCUCGCGCCGGCGCGCGAGCUCCUUGCCCUUGCCCCCAGGAAGUUCGCCCCGCGUGGGGCUCUCGCACCGUCCGGGGUGGGAGCAGGCGAGCCGGAGGGAGGAGGGAGAAGGGAGCGCGCGCGGGCGGCGGCGGCCCCUCCCCUCCCCCUCCCGCCGCCGCGGAGAGCGCAGGGAGCAGCCGGGGGCUCGGCGGCGGCGGCGGCGUCUACCCCCAGCUCCUCCUCCCUCCUCCUCCAUCUCCUCCUCUCUCUCUCCAUCUGCCGUGGUUAUGGCCCGUCGCUGGAGCACAAAAGAGUCUCUGCGGUGGAGGUCUGCGUUGCUGUUGCUUUUCCUCGCUGGGGUGUACGGAAAUGGUGCUCUUGCAGAACAUUCUGAAAAUGUGCAUAUUUCAGGAGUGUCAACUGCUUGUGGAGAGACUCCAGAGCAAAUUCGAGCACCAAGUGGCAUAAUCACAAGCCCAGGCUGGCCUUCUGAAUAUCCUGCAAAAAUCAACUGUAGCUGGUUCAUAAGGGCAAACCCAGGCGAAAUCAUUACUAUAAGUUUUCAGGAUUUUGAUAUUCAAGGAUCCAGAAGGUGCAGUUUGGACUGGUUGACAAUAGAAACAUACAAGAAUAUUGAAAGUUACAGAGCUUGUGGUUCCACAAUUCCACCUCCGUAUAUCUCUUCACAAGACCACAUCUGGAUUAGGUUUCAUUCAGAUGACAGCGUCUCUAGAAAGGGUUUCAGACUGGCAUAUUUUUCAGGGAAAUCUGAGGAACCAAACUGUGCUUGUGAUCAGUUUCGUUGUGGUAAUGGGAAGUGUAUACCAGAAGCCUGGAAGUGUAAUAACAUGGAUGAAUGUGGAGAUAGCUCCGAUGAAGAGAUCUGUGCCAAAGAAGCUAAUCCUCCAACUGCCGCUGCUUUUCAACCCUGUGCUUACAACCAGUUCCAGUGUUUAUCUCGUUUUACCAAAGUUUACACUUGCCUCCCUGAAUCUUUAAAAUGUGAUGGGAACAUUGACUGCCUUGACCUAGGAGAUGAGAUAGACUGUGAUGUGCCAACGUGUGGGCAGUGGCUAAAAUAUUUUUAUGGUACUUUUAAUUCUCCCAAUUACCCAGACUUUUAUCCUCCUGGAAGCAACUGUACCUGGUUAAUCGACACUGGUGAUCACCGUAAAGUCAUUUUACGCUUUACUGACUUUAAACUUGAUGGUACUGGUUAUGGUGAUUAUGUCAAAAUAUAUGAUGGAUUAGAGGAGAAUCCACACAAGCUUUUGCGUGUGUUGACAGCUUUUGAUUCUCAUGCACCUCUUACAGUUGUUUCUUCUUCUGGACAGAUAAGGGUACAUUUUUGUGCUGAUAAAGUGAAUGCUGCGAGGGGAUUUAAUGCUACUUACCAAGUAGAUGGGUUCUGUUUGCCAUGGGAAAUACCCUGUGGAGGUAACUGGGGGUGUUAUACUGAGCAGCAGCGUUGUGAUGGGUAUUGGCAUUGCCCAAAUGGAAGGGAUGAAAUCAAUUGUACCAUGUGCCAGAAGGAAGAAUUUCCAUGUUCCCGAAACGGUGUCUGUUAUCCUCGUUCUGAUCGCUGCAACUACCAGAAUCAUUGCCCAAAUGGCUCAGAUGAAAAAAACUGCUUUUUUUGCCAACCAGGAAAUUUCCAUUGUAAAAACAAUCGUUGCGUGUUUGAAAGUUGGGUAUGUGAUUCUCAAGAUGACUGUGGUGAUGGCAGCGAUGAAGAGAAUUGCCCGGUAAUCGUGCCUACAAGAGUCAUCACUGCUGCCGUCAUAGGGAGCCUCAUCUGUGGCCUGUUACUUGUCAUUGCAUUGGGAUGUACUUGUAAGCUUUAUUCUCUGAGAAUGUUUGAAAGAAGAUCAUUUGAAACACAGUUGUCGAGAGUGGAAGCAGAAUUGUUAAGAAGAGAAGCUCCGCCCUCUUAUGGACAAUUGAUUGCUCAGGGUUUAAUUCCACCAGUUGAAGAUUUUCCUGUUUGUUCACCUAAUCAGGCUUCUGUUUUGGAAAAUCUGAGGCUAGCAGUACGAUCUCAGCUUGGAUUUACUUCAGUCAGGCUUCCUAUGGCAGGCAGAUCAAGCAACAUUUGGAACCGUAUUUUUAAUUUUGCAAGAUCACGUCAUUCUGGGUCAUUGGCUUUGGUCUCAGCAGAUGGAGAUGAGGUUGUCUCUAGUCAGAGUACCAGUAGAGAACCUGAGAGAAAUCAUACUCACAGAAGUUUGUUUUCCGUGGAGUCUGAUGAUACAGACACAGAAAAUGAGAGAAGAGAUACGGCAGGAGCAUCUGGUGGGGUUGCAGCUCCUUUGCCUCAAAAAGUCCCUCCCACAACGGCAGUAGAAGCGACAGUAGGAGCGUGUGCAAGUUCCUCAACUCAGAGUACCCGAGGUGGUCAUGCAGAUAAUGGAAGGGAUGUGACAAGUGUGGAACCCCCAAGUGUGAGUCCAGCACGUCACCAGCUUACAAGUGCACUCAGUCGUAUGACUCAGGGGCUACGUUGGGUACGUUUUACAUUAGGACGAUCAAGUUCCGUAAGUCAGAACCAGAGUCCUUUGAGACAACUUGAUAAUGGGGUAAGUGGAAGAGAAGAUGAUGAUGAUGUUGAAAUGCUAAUUCCAGUUUCUGAUGGAUCUUCAGACUUUGAUGUGAAUGACUGCUCCAGACCUCUUCUUGAUCUUGCCUCAGAUCAAGGACAAGGGCUUAGACAACCAUAUAGUGCAACAAACCCUGGAGUAAGGCCAAGUAAUCGAGAUGGCCCCUGUGAGCGCUGUGGUAUUGUCCACACUGCCCAGAUACCAGACACUUGCUUGGAAGUAACACUGAAAAACGAAACAAGUGAUGAUGAGGCUUUGUUACUUUGUUAGGUAUGAAUCACAUAAGGGAGAUUGUAUACAAGUUGGAGCAAUAUCCAUUUAUUAUUUUGUAACUUUACAGUUAAACUAGUUUUAGUUUAAAAAGAAAAAAUGCAGGGUGAUUUCUUAUUAUUAUAUGUUAGCCUGCAUGGUUAAAUUCGACAACUUGUAACUCUAUGAACUUAGAGUUUACUAUUUUAGCAGCUAAAAAUGCAUUACAUAUUCAUAUUGUUCAAUAAUGUCCUUUCGUUUGUUUCUGAUUGUUUUCAUCCUGAUACUGUAGUUCACUGUAGAAAUGUGACUGCUGAAACUCAUUUGAUUGUCAUUUUUAUCUAUCCUAUGUUAAAUGGUUUGUUUGUACAAAAUAAUACCUUAUUUUAAUUGAAACGUUUAUGCUUUUGUCAACACAUCUUGUAACUUAAUAUACUAGAUGUUAAGGUUGUUAAUGUACAAAAAAAACACCCUUAUACUCACCUGCGUUUUCGUUUGUUUAACAUUUGUCCAUUAUCGGAUUUCAUUAUCAUAUGAACUUGUCAAAGGGAAGCAAACUUUGUCUAAAAAUUUUUCUCUUAUGUUUAACAUACAACGAUGUGAAAUUUAGGCAGAGUUAGAUAAAUUACUGGCAAAAACAAAACUCUUUUAUAAAGAUUUUCUAAUGUUGACUUUAAUACUCUAACAUGGUACAAACCAAAUGGUAAAAUCCCAAGUCAUUUCUUUUUUCAUCUGUAUUUAGCAACAGAAUUAAGUGGAUGAAGAUAUUCUACUAUGCAUUAAAUCUUGAACUUUAUAAAACAUGUACAAAAAUUGUACAAGAUAAGUUCCAACUGGUAAUGUCUUUCCCUAAUACAGGGUUGCGCUUGUAUUGGACCCUAGGGAUUUGCACUAAAAUUAUAUCAAGGUCUCAGAUGAGCUUAGUGCACAAGCACUAUCACUUUAAAUACUAUUAUUUGCUACCACAGCGACUAUAUAUUUCCAUAGCUUUUGGCUGGGGGUGGGGGGCAUUUUUAUUACAACUUGAAAUUGCUUUGCUGGUUUCAUAUUUAUUUGUUGUAUUUAAGAAAUACAUUGUUGUAAGAGUGAUUUUUUUUCAAUAUAUUUUAUUCCUGGGGGGAUCAUGCUACACUCUCAAAGAAAAGAAAAUUGAGAAAUCAUUCAGAUCAUCCCCCCUUUUUAAGUAGUGUGAAUUGUAAAACCCGACUUUUUUUUAUUGUCAGUUGCUGUUUAUUUAUUCUUUAGCUGUCUGUUUUAGUAGUUUAAUGAUUGAGUAUGAAAAAUGUAUUUGUGUGUGAUUAUUGCUAUUUAUUAAAUUUUAAGUACUUUGCUGAAUGUCAUUUUAAAGCAUGUUUGAAGUCUUGUGUAUUUGUCUGUGUUAUGCUGUCAGGAGGAACUGACUAAGAUGUUUUAAUAUGUAUCAAAAAUUAAAAUGAUGUUUUUUUUAUUGCCUUGAGGUACUUUUUAAA